AUGUUCUGCUGCGGCACUAGUGGAGCUGCGGCUGCUGGUGAGGCGUCAUCCCCGGAAUGUUCAAAGGGUAAACAUUAUGUUUGGAGAGGUAAGAAAGAUGAAGAAACAGUGAGUUCUCUCCGUGUUCCCAGUCUUUUGAAAGUGGGGAGUGAUGUGUUUGCCGCUGCCGAGGCGCAUUGCAAGGACGGUACUAAUAAAGAUUUUACUGGGAUUGCCUCGGAGCUUCUGAAGUGGACUGAUGAAAAAGCAAGCAAGGAGUUGGACACAACUGAAUUGAAGACACAAGUGCUGGAGGAAUGUCCGUCCGAACAAGGCGAAUGCUCCUGCCGUAUAGCGGACCAGGCUGGCACCAAAAGCGGCACGAGAAUACAUGUGAGUAAGCCAACAACAGUUGUGCAGGGAAGUGAUAUUUACAUGCUUGUUGGAAAUUACAGUUUUGAAGGUGCCUCUGAUGAUCAGGCAGGUGGCUGGGGACUCAUGCUGGUGAAAGGGAACGUCAGUAAUAAGGAAGGAGAAAAUAACGGAAUUUACUGGAAUGACACUUACGCUAUCCCGUGGAGUUAUAAAGUCAAACAACACGAAUCUUUGAUGCGGCUGAUUGGCAGCGGUGGAUCGGGUGUUAAGAUGGAGGACGGUACGCUUGUGUUCCCGCUGGAAGGGACGAGAAAGAAGAGGAACCAGGGUGAUGGCAACGAAAAGGAUGGAAAGGCUGUCUCGCUGAUCCUACACUCGAAGGAUGCUAAGACUUGGAAGCUGCCGAAGGGGAUGUCUGCCGAUGGCUGCGGUGUUCCCUCCGUCGUGGAGUGGGAGAAGGACAAACUCAUGAUGAUGACUGCGUGUGAUGGUGGCCGCCGCAGGGUGUACGAGUCCGGUGACAAGGGGGAGUCGUGGACGGAGGCACUCGGGACACUCUCGCGCGUGUGGGGCAACACAAAGGGUGAAAAGGCUGAACUCGUUGGGAGCGGGUUCACCACAGCGACGAUUGAUAAGAAAAAAGUGAUGCUCGUAACUCUGCCGGUGUAUUCUAAAGAGAAAGAGAAAGAAGAAAAAGAAAAGGGCAGUCUCCAUCUUUGGCUGACGGACAACACGCACAUUGUCGAUAUUGGGCCGGUAUCCGAUGAUGACGUUGCCGCCAGCUCCCUGCUGUACAAAAGUGGUGAAAGUGGAAAUGAUAAUAAUAAUGGGGAGGAGUUGAUUGCACUGUACGAGAAGAAGAAGAGCGGUGAUGAGGACGCAUCACUCGGUAUGGCUUCUGUGCUUCUGACUGCGCAGCUGGAGAAGGUGAAGGAGGUGCUGAAAACGUGGAAGAAUGUGGACGAACGUGUCUCCCAGCUGUGCACCUCUGAGAAGGUUACCUCAAGUGAAACUGCCUGCAGUGCUGAUAUUAAGAUCACGGAUGGGCUGGUUGGCUUUUUGUCCGGCAACUUCUCUGAGAACACAUGGAAGGACGAGUACCUCGGGGUGAACGCCACAGUACAUAAAGGAACGGAGGUAACAGAGGCAACCGGGGCAACAAAGACUUCCGAUGGUGUGACAUUCCAGGGAGCGUGGGCGGAGUGGCCUGUUGGCAGUCAAGGGCAGAAUCAGCUGUACCACUUCGCGAACUACAACUUCACUCUUGUGGCGACGGUGUCCAUCGACGGUGAGCCGAAGGGAAAUACCCCCAUUCCUUUGUUGGGUGUGCGUGCGGGCAGUAACGGGGGAAAAAAACUUUUUGGACUGUCGUACAACGGCGGAGAUAAGUGGCAAUUGCUGUGCGGUGACGAAACAAACAAGGAAAUCAGCAGCACAUGGAAGCGAGGGACAAAACACCAAGUGGCCAUUGUGCUACGGAACGGCAGCGAUGUCUCCGCGUACGUCGAUGGUAAACGUCUGGGGAAGGAUGCGCAAUGUGAAUUGAAAAAUACAGAUUCAGAAGGGAUAUCGCACUUCUACAUUGGAGGGGAUGGUGGCAGUGCAGACAACACAAGAAGCCGUGAAGUGGUGUCUGUGACGGUGACGAACGUCCUGCUGUACAACCGCCCGCUGACUUUUUCAGGUGGGAAUGCCGAGGUGGAAGAAGUUACCGAUUCACCAUCAGCGGAUCAGGAACCAUCAGCGGAGCCUGCUUCUCCAUUUGUGGCAAGGAAUCAGAAUGCGGCGCCUCCUGCAACGAUACCUCCUGAAGCUCCGGUGGGGCAAACGACCUUGCAGCAGCCUCAACACGAAGGCAAAGGGCAAAAUGCAACGGCGGAGGAAUCUGCCACUACACAAGAAGUUCCGGCGAAUACAUCGCAGGGAAGUGUAGAGAAGGCGGCGGCUUCGAACUCUCAUGCCGCUGGAGAAGCAAGAUAUGAUGCCGGCAUUAUGCGUGGUAGCGUACUGCCGCCAUCGCUGCUCCUUCUGUUGGGACUGUGGGGGUUUGCAGCUCUGUGA